UACUAUUUUGACGUUUAACGAGCAUGUCACUUAUUGUUCUUUAGAUAACGUAAAAACGUAACGUCGUUCUGUCAAGAGCGUAAACGUAGACAUAGGGCAAGUUUUGGAUUAAAUUAUUUUUACGUUUUUUUGAAAAAUGCCUUCUAGUGAUAGUGACGACUUUGAAAGUGCAGAUGAAGGUCACAGCAGUCCUAAGAAAAAGGAACGAAAGAAGCGGUUAUCCUCCUCAAAUUACAGUGAUAAUUUGGAAUCAGACCAUGAACCUCAAAAAUUUCAAGACCAACUUUCAACAAAAUUAAAAGAAGCAACGACUUUAUGCAAUAAACAGGUUUGCUAUAAAAUACUCAAAGGCUGGCUUUCACAUCAUUUUGUCACAUACAUUAUGCUUAUAUUAACACUUUAUUUUUUAAAUAAUUUUAAGGAUAACACAGGAGACGGUUGGGAUGAUUUUGACAUAGAGGAAGAAGAUGUCAAAACAAGUCAAACAGUUCCUGAGAAAACAUCAUCUGCUGUAAAGCCUGAGUCAAAAAAUAAUACAAAUGAAACCCAAUCUGGCUGGGAUGAUUUUGAUGAUUGGGGAGAUAAUGAUAAUAAUGACAAAAUUCAGGAGGCAAAAUCCCAACCGUUAAAGAAUCCUCAACAAACGUCAAAAGAACAUCCCUCACAGCCUAAGAAUGAUGGCUGGGGUUGGGGUUGGGGAAUGGAUUCCAUUCUCAGUACCGCUACUGCUGGUAUCAGCACAAUAACAACACAAGUGUCACAGGGCAUAUCAACAGUUCUCGAAACAGGCAUUGGUGCUCCAGAUCCUGAAGAGCUUGCAAGAAAAUCUGCUAAAAGUAAUGAAAAUAAUCCAAGUAGCACUGAAAGUAAACCUAUAGAGAGUGGAGAUAAGAAAUUGGAACAGAGUGGUUAUGACAGUUCCUUUCAACUCGGCAGCUUGCUGUCUGGUGUCACCAAGUUUGUUGAAACUACUGGUACGAAAGUAAUAGCCGGUGGUCUCGACACUUUAGAAACUAUAGGUAAAAAAACUAUGGAGGUCCUUCAAGAUGGCGAUCCAGGUUUAGCUAAGAAAAAGGCUUUGUUAGGUCUAGAUACAGAUAAGCCCGUGCUAUCACAGGUUCUAAGAGAAGCAAAGGCUAAAGCUGAUGAAGAGGAUCUCAUGAGGGAAGCGAAGAGGGAAGCAAAGGAAGUUCAUUACGAAACACUGUUUGAUGAUUUUGAGGGGUUAGUACAUCUGGAGGCGCUAGAGAUGUUGUCAAAGCAGUUGCGCAUGCGCAUCGAAGAGCGUCUGCGCAGUGCUUCACCCGACAAGAAAAGCGACAUCAAGGAGACUCUGCAACAGGUUGCUGAACUCUGUGAAAUGCCCGAAGAAGAAGAUGAUGAUGAAGAUGAGGAACAAAUAUCAGAAGACACGUCGAAACCCGAUGUUUUACAUGAAAGGUUGCAGCGAGCUACACGAGACAUCGGGAUUAAGUUACAGUUUCAACCUUUGAUAAAACAAUAUACAGAAAUACUAACAUGGCUGGAAACGACAGAUUCAGAUACAAAUGUAAAAGCAAUAUAUAAAAAAGCCGUCAGUGGUCUCGCACAAACAACUGCAUUAUCUAUGGAACUGUAUCAUAAGACCGCUGAAAUGUUACUUGUAAAGAAUAGACGGUCCACUGCUGAUGAAGCCGAUGCUCUUACUCAAAUGACGGUAGUUCUAACAAAACACAUUAGUGAAUUAGCGACUCAGUUCACAGAGAAGCUCGGCGGUCAAUCCUCUGAGGACAAGGAGCAAGUCAAUAAUUACAUCACAAAUGUGUUCUUAGAGGCCGGCAACAGUUCCAAAUACAUAGAAAAUGCAUUCCAGUUGACGUUACCGAUCAUACAAAUUGGUGCUGUUUAAAAAGAAUAAAUAAAUAGGUUUAUGUUUUUUGUGAUAAAAUUGUAAUAAAUGUUUAUAUUAAGCACAUUAUAUUUUUAAUUAGUUGGUACAAAUAUCCAUCUUCUUUUAAUAGACAAUCUUUUUGAUACUUUAUAGUUAGGUAAAUAAUGCCAUUACUUAAUUUGGAUCUAUAGUAUAUUCGCGUUAAGAAAAUAGUGACUCAUCGUUGUCACUCAGCUUCGUCACGUCCCUUGACCAAAUAAAUCGUAGUAAAAUAGAACAUUCUGUUAAUACGGACCAGUUGAUGAUCUUAGUCAAAUGGUGUGGCAUGAGUUACUAUUUUAUUAACGUGAAUACAAGUGAUAGCUAAUAAUUUGUUAUUAUAGAAGUAUAAAUAUAUUUUAAU